GUCAGCUUGUCUGCAUUCCCUCUCUUUCGCUCUCCCUCUCUCUCUCUCUCUCAUGUUGUCGACUGUCGAUCAACAGCGGCAACUGAUAAGCAAUUUCAGUUAAUGAAACCCUAGCAUCAAAUUUGUGCUGCGUUUUCUCCAUUAUCCACAUGUUCAUGCUGUUAUAUGCUCGCAAAGUUCACGUACAGCGGGAUACGGCUAGGGUUUGACUUCAAUUCAGUAUUGGCUGCGGUAGAUGCGAAGUUCCUUGUUGUGCAAGUUGUAGUACUGUUUCAACGUUGUCUCGUUUGGUUGUGCUUUCAUGAACUUGUUUUAUGGUAUUGAAAAUAGAAAACAUCGGUGCUGGAUAGUAUAUGUGCACUGCUUGAGUUUUUGGGGAAUGAAAUGAAUCUGGGCGGUGCCAAAGUGGAACCACAGAAUGAAAAUAGAGCAGGUUUUUAAGAGCGGGAAACAAGGAAUCAGGCACCGCCAAAAAUGCAUCUCAGCUACUGUUAUAAAUUUUAGAGCAUCCCAUUUUGGGGUUCAUCAAAUGUAGUGUCACAUAUUAAUUCUUUUGCGAUACACAGGUUGGAUAACUAAUCCAGCAUUUCCACAAUGCAUAUAAAGCAGGUUAUUAUUGAAGGGUUUAAGAGCUACAGGGAACAAAUUGCAACUGAACCUUUCAGUUCAAAAAUUAAUUGUGUAGUUGGUGCCAAUGGAUCUGGCAAGACAAACUUUUUCCAUGCAAUCCGUUUUGUACUAAGCGACCUUUUCCAAAACCUGCGCAGUGAAGACAGGCAUUCUUUACUCCAUGAAGGCGCAGGCCACCAAGUUUUGUCUGCUUUUGUGGAGAUUGUUUUUGAUAAUUCCGACAAUCGCAUCCCUGUUGAUAAGGAGGAAGUGCGUUUGCGGAGAACAAUUGGUCUGAAAAAGGAUGAGUAUUUCUUGGAUGGGAAACAUAUCACGAAAACGGAAGUUAUGAAUUUGCUGGAAAGUGCAGGGUUUUCUAGAUCCAAUCCUUACUAUGUUGUUCAACAGGGAAAGAUAGCUUUAUUGACAUUGAUGAAAGACUCUGAGCGACUAGAUCUAUUGAAAGAAAUUGGUGGCACUCGAGUCUAUGAGGAGAGGCGCCGUGAAAGUUUGAAAAUCAUGCAAGAAACUGACAAUAAGAGAAAACAGAUAAUUCAAGUUGUUCAGUAUCUGGACGAGAGAUUAAAGGAGCUGGAUGAAGAGAAAGAGGAACUAAGACAAUAUCAGCAGCUUGACAAGCAGCGGAAAUCUCUAGAAUAUGCUAUUUACGACAAGGAACUUCAUGAUGCUCGGCAAAAAUUGGGCGAGUUAGAAGAGGCCCGGGCCAACGUUUCCAAAACUUCAACUGAGAUGUAUAACAAAGUGCUGGAUGCCCAUGAAAGGUCUAAGGACCUUGACAGGAGAUUCAAAGAUCUGAAAAAAGAGAUUCAAGCUUUGAACAAAGAUAAAGAGUCAAUGGGGAAGUCACGAACGGAAGCAAUAAAGAAGCACACAGAGCUUGAACUUGAUGUCAAAGACUUACACGAGAAGAUGUCUGCAAACACUCGAGCCAAGGAGGAUGCAAUGAGGCAGCUAGAAUUUUUACGGAAGGAAAUUGAGGACUCCAGGGAAGAGCUUGACAAAAUAACACCUUUGUACAACAAUCAAGUAAUAGAGGAGGAAGAGAUAACCAAAGGAAUAAUGGAACGUGAGAAGAAGCUUAGCAUUCUUUAUCAAAAACAAGGUCGUGCCACUCAGUUUUCGAGUAAAGCUGCACGUGACAGAUGGCUUCAGAAGGAAAUUGAUGAGCUUGAGCAAGUUUUUUCUUCAAAUAGGGCACAGGAGGAGAAACUUCAGCGUGAAAUUGAUCAUUUGAAUGAAGAGCUUAGAGGGCAGGAUGAUUACAUCAGGAGUCGCAGAGCUGAAAGUGCAGGAUUAGAAUCUGUUAUUUCUGAAUCUCGUGAAGGUUUUAACCGUUUUAGAAAACAGAGAGACAAAUUGCAAGAUGAGCGGAAGUCCUUAUGGGCUAAAGAAAGUGAACUCUCUGGAGAAAUUGAUAGGCUAAAAGCAGAAGUUAUAAAGGCAGAAAAAAGCCUGGAUCAUGCAACUCCUGGUGAUGUUAGGAGGGGAUUGAGUUCUGUUCGGAGAUACUGCAAUGAACACAAAGAAACUGGUGUAUUUGGUCCAAUAUUUGAACUGCUUGAUUGUGACGAAAAGUUUUUCACUGCAGUUGAAGUUACUGCUGGAAACAGCCUAUUUCAUGUGGUGGUUGAAACUGAUGAAGUAUCUGCAAGGAUAAUUAGAUACCUUAAUUCUUCGAAAGGAGGAAGAGUUACAUUUAUACCACUUAACAGGGUUCGGGCUCCACAUGUAAAUUAUCCUCAAAGCUCUGAUGUGAUACCUCUGUUGAAGAAAUUGAAGUUUUCUCCCACUUAUACUCCAGCAUUUGCACAGGUGUUUGCUAGAACAGUAGUUUGUCGAGAUUUGGAUGUGGCUACAAGGGUUGCUCGCACUGAUGGGCUGGAUUGCAUCACAUUGGAAGGUGAUCAAGUAAGCAAGAAAGGGGGUAUGACGGGGGGUUUCUAUGAUUUUAGGCGCUCAAAACUGAAGUUUAUGAACAUGAUUAGGCAGAAUACGAAGUCUAUUGACAUGAAGUAUGGGGAUCUGGACAAAGUCAGAUCUGAUCUUCAACAUAUAGACCAAAAGAUUACGGAACUCGUUGCAGAGCAGCAGAAAAUUGAUGCCAAGCAGGCUCAUGACAGAUCAGAACUAGAGCAGCUUAAGCGGGAAAUUGCAAAUGCUAAUAAGCAGAGACAGUCCAUUGCAAAAGCUAUAGAAAAUAAGGAAAGGUUGCUUGCGAAUGUUCGGACUCAAAUUGAUCAGCUUAAAAUUAGUAUGGGUAUGAAACAGGCUGAAAUGGGCACUGAACUUAUUGAUCACUUAACGCCAAAGGAAAAAAAUCUUCUGUCGCGGUUGAACCCUGAGAUAACAGAUUUGAAAGAGAAACUUAUGGCCUGCAAGACAGAUCGGAUUGAGGCCGAAACAAGGAAACAGGAGCUUGAGUCGAAUCUAAAUAACAACCUUGUAAGGCGGAAACAUGAGUUGGAGGCUGUAGUCAUGUCAGCGGAGACUGAAACAUCGCAUGGUGAAACUGAAUUGAAGAGGCAGGAGCUGAAGGAUGCAAAGAUAUUGGUUGAAGAUGCAGUACAGCGGCUUAAAAGAGUUUCUGAAGAUAUCGAUGAACGGAAUAAACAGCUCAAGAAGAUUGAAGAUGAAAAAUUUAAAUUGAAGACUUUGGAAGACAACUAUGAGAAGACGCUUCAGGAUGAAGCAAAAGAACUGGAACAACUAUUAAGUAAAAGAAAUAUUCUUCUUGCAAAACAGGAAGAAUACUCAAAGAAAAUCAGGGAGCUGGGCCCUUUGUCGUUCGAUGCCUUUGAAACGUAUAAGCGGAAGAGCAUCAAAGAACUGCAUAAAAUGCUUCACAAGUGCAAUGAACAACUACAAAAGUUCAGCCAUGUAAACAAGAAGGCACUUGAUCAAUAUGUCAAUUUCACAGAGCAACGAGAGGAACUCCAAAAAAGGCAAGCUGAACUGGAUGCAGGCGAUAUGAAAAUUAAAGAACUUAUAUCAGUUUUGGAUCAACGGAAGGAUGAGUCAAUUGAGCGUACUUUUAAAGGCGUUGCAAGGCAUUUUCGAGAAGUAUUUUCUGAACUUGUUCAGGGUGGCCAUGGUUAUUUGGUUAUGAUGAAGAAAAAGGAUAGUGAUCAUGAUGACGAUGAUAAUGAUGACGAUGAUGGGCCUCGUGAAAAAGAUGGGGAGGGUAGGGUUGAGAAAUACGUUGGUGUAAAAGUGAAGGUUUCUUUUACUGGGCAAGGGGAGACACAAUCGAUGAAGCAACUGUCUGGAGGUCAGAAAACUGUUGUAGCUUUGACACUGAUUUUUGCCAUACAACGGUGUGAUCCUGCUCCGUUCUAUCUCUUUGAUGAGAUUGAUGCUGCUCUAGAUCCUCAGUACAGGACUGCUGUGGGAAACAUGAUCCGUCGGUUGGCAGACAUGGCAAAUACUCAGUUUAUAACCACGACAUUUAGGCCAGAGCUUGUGAAAGUUGCUGACAAAAUAUAUGGCGUGACCCAUAAAAAUAGGGUCAGCCGCGUCAAUGUUGUCUCCAAGGAUGAAGCAUUAGAUUUUAUUGAGCAUGAUCAGUCACAUGAUACAGAUUAAUAAAUUGAAGUGAAGUCUUAGCAUGCCUUCGAGGUGCUCAAGUCUUCAAUCAAAGUGGCUGAAAAGGAGCAGAUGCGGGAAGUUAAAACACCCAGAACACACUGGACAACUGUUUCCUAAAUCUUCUUGUAACAUGUUCAUUGUCACUAUCAUGUAUAGCACAAACGCUGGAUAUAUAGAUCAAAGCUUUCCCUUUUGAUGGACUCCUAACAUAGUAUGUGAUCUAGAUCUAGGUUAGCCAAGGGAUGCUAAGAUUGUGAGGUCCAUAGUGAUUCAACACAGAUUAAUGUUUACAUUUUAACUUUGCUUUGUACACAUGCGUUUCCUGAUCUCUGCUACUUGAGUAAUUUACCAAAUCUUGGAUGGUC